GCUCUUUCCACUUUCCCUUUCCACGACUCUCCAGCAUCCAGCACAAUGCAUGUGCUCUCCGGUACCGUUCAGCCGCCUCUGCUGUCUCUCCUCUCUUCGACUUCUUCUCCCGCUCUCUCUCCUCUGUUCAUCGCGGUCACCGACUCGUCCUCAUCAAACUCUGUGAUCACGACAGUUAAUGACAAUCAACAAAUAGAAAAGAAAGGACCCUGCAUUAUCAUACCCAAAAAUCCAGCUCAAGGCUCGAUCGCCGAUCAGGUCAUUCAUAUCCAAUCUCCAGAUCUACGCCGCACUUAUAUUCAAGCUGGUUGUUCGCAGACGGCAUUUGGACGGUCAUUAAAAGGCAAAGAACAGGAUGAAGUAAUGAUUCCUCUGGGAGUGGAAUUGCCUUGGAUAGGGAUGCAGGUGAAGAGACUAAGUAGAAGAGAACUGAGUUUUGAGGUCGGAGUUGUUGAUUCUCGAGGACGUGAAGGUGUGAUUCGGUGCUCAAGUUACAAGAAUGAUCCUUCAAUACAUUCCCAUCGAUCACCGCCUCUCGUUCAUCUUCCCCUUUCCCUUUCGUCAUCCGAGUCAUUUUCUGAACUAACCUCAUGGCGGCAUAUCGAGUUAAACUUGUCUUCCAUUAUCCCAUUAUUUCAGAGCCUGGCGAGGAAGCAUGAAGAAAACGAGGACCAUGGAUCAAGAAAGAAAAGAAAGACAGAAGUCGAGUUGCCCAAUGGAGGGUUUGGCAGUGUGAGCUACGUGAGAGUCUACGCCAAUUGCAGAAUCAGGAGAAUAUGGUUUUCUUCGGCGGGAGAAAAGACUCUGGAAGGUAUGGGCAGAGGUGUGAAAGAUGAGUGGGCGUUACAUGCCGCUCAGAACAUUUCAUCCCUGUCGUGAUCCAUGCAGCGGGUGAAGUGCGCCCAAUAUAAACAUACAUAUGCGCUAC